UGUUAGGUGAUUUCACUUCAUUUUGCUAUAUUUUUCUUUUGCCUUUACACGGGAUUGACUUUCAUGUCUUUCCGUUUUGGCGGCUGCGCUGAAACUUCCACCUCUUUUCGCAUUCUUUUCCCUGAGUCGAAUACGCGUGGACUCUUCAUUUGUUUCUCUUCUUCUUUCCCUUUAACUAUCCUAUAUAUCUCUCUGAAUCAGUUUCUUCGGUCGCUGUGAAUGCAUGUCUAUUUCUUAGACCACUCUUUUGCCAGCAGUUUACCGUUCGUCAGUGCUCAAUUGAAGCUUGGUUUUGAUUCCCUGGGCAUCUGCAAUCCUAGAUCUAUUUAGAGUUGAGAACUCAACCCUAGGACUUCAUCUGUCUGCUAUCUCUCUUUUUCCAAAAUGGCUGCCUCUUCUUCUCAGUUGGGUUGUGAUGUUCAUCUCUCUACUGCUCUCUCUGCUUCCAUGGCGGCACCUUCUUUUGCUUCUUCCCAAUGGAGUUAUGAUGUGUUCCUUAGUUUUAGAGGAGAAGACACCCGCUUUACCUUUGCUGCUCAUCUCUACGAGGCCUUGGACAGGAAAGGAGUCAACACAUUCUUUGAUGACCACAAGAUUAGGAGAGGCGAAUCCAUAUCUCCAACACUUGUAAGAGCAAUUGAAGGAUCAAGGUCUUCUAUCGUAAUUCUCUCUCAAAACUAUGCGAGUUCAACUUGGUGCUUAGACGAACUUGUCAAGAUACUAGAAUGCAGGAAAACCAUGGGACAGCUGGUUUUGCCCGUUUUCUACAAUGUGGAUCCAUCAGAUGUGCGAAAACACAAACGGAGCUUUGGGGAGGCCUUGGUUAAGCAUGAAAAAACUUUGGAGCAGAAUAUGGAUAAGGUGAAGAAUUGGAGGGAGGCUCUUAGUGAAGUUGCCAAUUUAGCCGGCUGGAGUUCACAGAAUAAGUCUGAGCCUACAUUUAUCGAGGAAAUUAUCAUUGAUGUUUUGAAAAGAUUGUUCAAAUUAUCCUCAACUGAUGCAAAACGCCUAGUAAAAGAAGAUUCUCAUAUACCAAAAAAGGAAAUGGUACCAAGUUCACCCUUAACCGCUAUUCACAUUGCAGGACAUUUUGACGUAAGUGUUAGAGGUAGGAGGCCACUCAAAAAUGUUAAUGAAUUAGUUUCUCGACAAUACUCUAAAGUUUGCUCACUCAUUGAAAAUGUUGGGGAAGAAUUAAUUGAGUUACCAGAGAAAUUUGUUUCUGAAAUAGUUGACUCAUCAGAUGACUCGGACGAUGAUGACUUAAGCUUUAAGAAUGUGAAAUCCAUGUUAACAAAUGUAUGGAGAAAUUUAUGAGUUUAUAUAUGAGAACAAAAGAUUGAAUGGUAUAAAGGUUGUGUACUUUUAUUAAUGUUCAACAAUCCAAUAUACAUUGGUUAAAGUGUUGUCGAUAAGCAAAACGAUACUUAUAAUUGUGGCAGUAAUGGUAGAGUGAAAGUUGUACAAAAGGAUAAGGAAACUAAUUGUAACAUAUCUAGAGUAAUCAGGAAUGAGUGUUCUUAUAAUUAUGGUAUAUUAUGCCCCUGCAAGAUAGAACAUCCAUCAUAGAGCCUAAUCUUGGAGUGAUGUAAAAGGAAAGUCUUGUAAGCUAAGUCUUGGUUAUAGAAUCUACAAGUUGGUUUGUGGUGUGAACAUGUGAUACCUAAAGU